GAGAUUUAUCCUUAUCCACAGAACACCGUACGAGUUUUGUAUCUUCAUGGUUAAGUUAAAAAUCGAAAUGCAAUUGAAAUGUUUCAAAUAUGUAAUAAUGUUGUGUUAGUUUCUAAAAGAAAAUAGUAAAAUGUUCAAGAAAAAUCCUGAAACGAGUGAAGGCGAAGUAAUGGAGAACGACGCAAGUAACAGUGAGAUCAGUACGACACAUUCAGAACAGUCUGAAAGUGAAAGUGAGACUGUGAAUUCUACUGUAAACAUGGAAGAAAUGGAUUCUGACUUGGAUGAGAUUCCUCAGAAAGAUGAAGAGGAAGAUGAAACAAUAAAAGCUAUUCGCAGACAGAAUACUCGGGAAAGGGACCACCCUUCCAACAUUCAGUGUGAAGAAUUCAUAACUGAUAUUUCCUUUCAUCCACAAAACGAUAUUCUAGCCGUAGGUAAUAUUGUUGGGGAUGUCCUGUUUUAUAAAUACUCCAAUGACGAAAAUAUUCUGCAGAUGACUCUAGAGCUACAUUCGAGGGCUUGUAGAGACAUUGAAUUCAAUCAGGAUGGAAAACUUUUACUUACAGCCUCGAAGGAUAAGUCCAUCAUGAUAAGUGAUGUGGAGAGUGGAAAAUUAACCAGAUUUUAUGAUGAUGCUCAUGAUGUACCCAUAUACUGCUUAACUGUAAUCGAUGAGAACUUAUUUUCAACAGGUUAGACACAAGCCCUAUUUUGUUGCUAUU